GUUGUCGUAAUGUUUCGCUAAACGCAGGGGUUGUGAUACUGAAACUAAGUUUUAAACUUUGGUCAUGAGGUUGUUAAAUAAACAAGUUGAUAAACUCCCUUCGCAUUUGUGCUAUCUGUUUGUUUAUUAUUUUUUUCAGUCAGCAUUCAGAGAGCCUUCGAAAUUUUCCUGAUAAAUCUUUCCUGAGCGAUGAAAGUCUCAUGGAGUGGAGUCCUUGUAAUAAAGAAAAUAAAGAAAAUAGAGAAAACAAUGAUGGAUUAAAUUUACGAUUGAUCAACAGCUCGUUAAGCACUUUUAGUUUUCAUUCCCCUCCGAAUAAACAUCCCUCCGUACAUCCGAUGGAAAUCGAUUUUAAUUCACCUAAUAAUUCAUCCUAUAAAGAACAGGAGAAAGAUCCUGCAACCGGGUUAUCUCUGUGGUCAACUUCAUCAAAUAGUGAGUUUUUUGUUUUUGUGGAUGAUUUAUUUAUAUGAUAUACUUUUAGAUGAAGAAAAGCUUCCUAUGCGAUCAGACAACUUAGAAGUCGAUCAGAGAAGUGUGAUCAGUGGAGUGUCAACUCUAACUGGAAUUUCGAAAGCGUCUUGCCCUUCUGAAUGUGAAUAUCUAAUUAUUUUCUGUUAAUUACAGUAUGAUAUAUACAGUAUCUCUAUAUAUUUUAUAUAUAAAAAUAUUUAUAUGUUUGGAUAUAUUGCUGUUGCAGAUUCAAAAAUGGGAAGCUCGACCAAUGACUUGCUGCUACGGGAUUCUAAUAUUGAAGAUGACUCCAGGAGCAUUUAUUCUGCACAGUCGCUUAUAUCUGGUGUAGGUACAGUCCGAAGGUCAGAAGUUGAAGAGACUGGAUCAGCUAUUUCAGGCACAAUGCAAUCUGACAUAUCACCCCCAUCAAGUAUUCGCAGUCUAUGCUCCACAAAUGUUUCAAAAGAACCUGAGAAAAAAAUUGAGAAAAAGUCAAAUGUUCUACUGCUCUUAGUAAUUUUAUUUCUUCCCACCAUAUUGGGAUUUGUUUUCUUAAAAUUACAAACCACUCCUGAUUUAAAACCUAAUCUGAAUAUAGAUUUAGCAAAUAUCUCAAGAGAUCUUAGAGAAAGUAUAAUAGGUCAGGACGACGCCUUACGCGAUAUUUUGAACUAUAUGGAAAUGUAUAAAAAACAACAAAGAAUAGAACCUUUAGUGUUUUUAUUGCAUGGGCCAACUGGAACUGGUAAAUCUUACACUUCUCAAGUUAUUUCCAAGUCCUUUCAGCAAACUAAUGUCCACUUAUAUGUCACGUCUUACCACUUUGGAUCUAAAGCAAAGCUUUUGGAUCUUUCAACAUUUAGAGAAAUUCCUGACUUAGUUAAAGACAGAUCAACAAAUUUGUUCAUUUUUGACGGCUUGGAAAUAGCUGAUAAUCGAGUGAUAGAGGCUCUGUUUUCUACUUUACACUUAAUGAAGAAGCAAAGCACCAAAAUAAACUACACUGUUUUUCUCCUUAUUGACACCAGUAAACCAGAAAAUUCUCAACAAUUUGAUAGAAAUACUAAAUAUCCAGAAAUUGAGAAAAAUAUUAUGCUUAAAACUCACUGGUUUAAGGAAUUUAUGUCUUCUGGCAUGAUAGACAGCUUUGUUCCCUUUCAAUUACUUGAAAAGAAACACGCUAUUCAAUGUGUGAUUUUGGAAGCAAAAAAGAGGGGACUGAAACUUUCAAGAGAGAAGCUUGACCAAAUAAUUAGUUCUGUAACAUUUCAAGAGAUUGAUGGAAUUGAAUACUCUAAAGCAGGUUGUACUUCAAUAUCAAAUAAACUAUAUCUUUUGGAGUAG